AUGGCUAUGUACUACUAUGCUAGCAAGCUCUCGGCAGUCGCAUGCGGCACACGCUGCCGGCAAGGAUUAGCGCGCCGCCAGCGCACCGGCGCCCGCACAAACCGGCCGGGUCAGCAGGGCGUCGGGUCGGGCGGUGGUGCGGGCAAUGGUGGUAGCGCGGGUGGUGGCAAGAAGGACGACGAUGAAGACUCCGACGAUAAUGGCAAAGAUAAAAAGGCGCUGUCGAGUUUCUGCUGCGAAAGCACCAACGAUACCAUUGUGAUAUCGGUGAAGUCGUCCGAGCAGCCGGAAGUGUGCUGCGAAAGCACCCCAACCCUUCUGCACACGGGCAGCCUCGGAACCGGUGGUGUGAUGUACGGCAACGGGACAAUUGUUUCCGGGCCGGUGGACUCGCUAAUAGAUUUGCUGAUGCCCGGUAACGCGGAAGAAUUCGAUCAGGACUACGUUUUCUCGUUUCUGCUGUCGGCUCGGUUCUUCAUUCGGUCGUACGAGCUGCUCGGGAAGCUGCUGGAAUCGAUCCCGGACCCGGAACCGCUCGAGCGCAUCGUGCCGUUGCUCGGCGUCUGGACGCGCAUGUUCCCGUACGACUUCCGCGACGAGCGCAUGAUGAAUCACGUCAAACAUAUCGUAGCUAGAUGCGCGGACACCAAGCUCGCCAAAGUGGUGCCCCAACUACUGUGUGCCUUGCUGGCUCGACUUACUGAGCUGGAAAACCACGAGGAGGAACUCAGAAGCUAUCAAUCAACCGUAGACAAUAAGACUGAAUCCGUAAGCUGGCCAACGGCGACCCAGCUGGCACAGUUGCUGUGCCGAAUCGAACGCAAACUGGCCCGCCACGUUGGUCCCGAGGAGUUUGUCCAGUGCAGCCCAAACCUGCUAAAGGACCCGAACCGGGAGGACUUCACACCGAAACCAUCAUCAGCGGCCGGAUCCACCGCGUCGACAUCGCUCGACGGCAAGAAGACCUGCAAUCUCGAGAGCUACCUAGAGUGGUCCGCUCGGUUGCGGUUGCUCGUGGCCAAUGAGAUACUGAAGUGCCGCAACAUUCAGGACCGCAACAGGCAGUUCGAGCUGUGGAGCGGUGCGGCCCAGUACUGUCUGCUGGUGGGGAACUACAACAGCGCCACGGCCAUUUUGGAAUCGUUUGAUCUGCCACCCGUAGCGCGGCUGCAAGUUACGUGGAGCAAAUUGUCAUCGACAACGAGCCAGCAGCUCGACUGCAUGCAGCGUCACGCGGAAGGAUGCGGCAGCUUGUGGAGCAAACAGACGGAACACCACCAUGGACCGGGAGGUACCGGAGAAGGCCGCCGAGGCAUCCUGGUCGGGACGGCCACAAAUGGCUCCUCGAAAGCGUCGACCUCGGCCGUCAGUCCAUCGGCACCGGUCGCCACCGGAAGCGGCCCGAUAGCCCGAUCGAGCUCCAACGAGUGGGUUGUGAUGCCGGUUUUUGUCGACAUCAUCAAGCUAGCCCUCAAGGCACGGGAGGACUGCUGCGUGAGGCUCCCAAACGGUCACAUAAACAUGACGGCUUUCGAUCGAUUGGCAGCCAUCGUAGGCGCUUUCACCAAGCACAUGAGCCAGGUCAAUCAGACACUACCGGACGUCGGCCAAUACGCAACGCUUUGCCAGUUCAUGCAGAGCUGUAAGCUUCUCAACGAAACAGAGCUCAUGCUGGCGUCAUUCGAAUGCGAACCACCGACGUCCGCCGAGAAGGAGCUGUACGACGUUGCAUAGCAUUCGGUGCAGCUCAUCGUCCACCCAACCCGGCCAACGCUGGACUGGCCAGCUGCAAUUCAAUUGCGAUCGGGCGCGGAAAUCGGACCCAUCAUUCGGGCCGGUGCAUCGGUGCAUCGGUUGCACUCGAUCCGGUUCCGGUCGCGCCUGGCAGCGCCUUUCUACCGUAUCCGUACCAACCCAUCGGCGAGGUUUAUUAGCGAAAGCGUUUCAACCGACGUACGGUACGGUCCGGGGGGGGGGCCAGCACAAAGGAAGAUAAAAUUUUAUUUCCAAUUACCCAUAAAUGUGGAAAAAAAUCUCCCCCAUCGCAGAAAGCGCUCCCUUCGCUUCUUCGCCCAUUUCCGGAACGCUUCCGGAUGGGGCGGGGGGGGAGGUAAAAGGAGAGCCCGGAAGUAAAAGAAACAAAUAUGGAAUCCAUCCUGCCAGUGGAGCGAAGCGAAAGGGAAGUGAUAAACGGAUGGACGGUUAUUUCCAAGCCAGUGGAACGGAUGAUUGUCUUCGGGUGGUGUGAGAAUGAGAAAAAAGAAAUGUGGAAAAUAUGUUAUCCACCAUCGAUCCCGGCAGGGUGAUAGGAUGGUUCGUGGGGAGGACAGGGAAGGGAGGAGGUGGGAGCCACACCCAAACCCCGACAAGAAUCGCACCUUCCCGACCAUUGAUUUUGCGCGUUCAGUUUUUAUCACCCCAUAGUUUAUUGUAACCAGCGCAGUGCCGAAAAAGAAGAAGAAGAAGAAGAACCAGCAGAAAGCUCUUCCCACGGCAGUUCUUUUUUUUAUGUGGUUUCAUUUUCUUUCGUGUUACAUUUUAUCCGAUUUCCACUCGCUAGAUCGGUUCGCAAAGGACCUCGGUAUCGGUACCGGUAAAACCGGAAACCACCGUGCUCGCGUAACGGAUGUCACGAAGCAAAAACAACAAAAUGGGGCGAAUGAUUAAAGGAAAUUUAUCGUUUUAUCGAAACACUCAAUCCACUGGUCGUUUGAUUGGAGAAGUCCGACCAGGGCGCCACUGCCACAUUAUCCGUAAUUAUUGGCACGGAACACGUUACAGCCCCACGCCGGGUAAGUACGGAGUGAUGUGAGAAAUAAACAUGAAAUG